UCAUCUCUUACUGUCGUAAGCGCAAUGGUUAUGAAGCACCUAUUAGCAUUUGCAGCAGCUGUGCUAGCGAGCUCGGUAGUGUCAGCUCAAGGUUCUGAGUUCGCGUUCUAUAAACUGAGUCUGAUAUGGCCGAGUUCUGUAUGUAUCUCUGCGCCACAAAACUGUAUCAGUCCAAUACCCAAAAUCUUCACCGUCCAUGGGUUAUGGCCAGCAUUGAAAGAUGACACGUCUAUUCCUCCUUAUGAUCCAAUCGAUAAUAACUGCAAUCCCAGUCCUGUAGCUCCAGGUGACAUUGUGGGUAAACUUGCACCCAUUAAAGGGAGACUACAGACAAAAUGGCCAAACCUUAUAAAGGGUAGAACGGCCGGUCGUGACGAGUUGUUCUGGCAAACUGAAUGGUCACACCAUGGGAUGUGCUCUGAUUAUCCUCAAGAUCCUUUCACUUAUUUUUCUAGCGCCUUGAAUCUUGCCGAGAACAGAAAAUACGACCCACUCAAAGUUUUGGGAGUUCAACCAUCAAAUACUCCAUAUGAGAUAGAUACUUUAUUAGAAAAUGUGAAAAAGAACGUGGGAUUCUAUCCUCAAAUCUCAUGCAGUAUGCCAAUUAAAGGCAAAAAGCAGUUAUACCUGAAGGAGAUUCGUUUAUGCUUUAAAAGAGCAAUGCCACCUUCUCAGCUUCAAAAUUGCCCCGACGAUAUGGAUAAUUUGUGUAGGUCAGUGCCACCCACCCAACGCACCGUCAUGUAUCCUCCACCAAUUAAGACCAAUUCUGGCUGCAAUGUUACUUGGGAGCUAUCGGCUUCGGCCUAG